AUGCCGUUCCAAGAUGUACCAAUAAUGCCAUCUCUGGUACUUGUAACGAAAGACGAUAGAAGGUUAUCAAGUGAGACAGCUGCCACUGAAGACACUGGAAGCACUGCUAGUUUGCCUGUGAAUCCGAUCAAGAUCUACUCAACAAUGAAACAAAGGGCACAGGCGAGAGUGUUGAGUGAGACGGAUGAGGAGACACCGGCCUCUCCCACUCAGUCUGUUGACUCCAAGCUGAACAGAACAAGCUUUGAAUCCAUUCCGUUCUCGCCUGAACAAGCGGCGAAAGCAGCUUAUGCCAUCAUGAAUGGAGAGUCUGUGUCUGAAGUCGAUCUUCUGAAAGAUGAUCCUUCCGUCUCGGAAGGUGGCCUGAACGAUGAAACUUCACUAAACGGGAUCCCCAAGUCCCCCACCAACGUCAGACCAUUAGGCUCCACUCACUCAAGAUCAGUCGGAAGUAUCUCUGCACUCUCUGAGGUUGCCUGUGACAGAUUGUCAAUGAGCUCAGGUUCCACAGGCCGAAGAUCCUACCCAUCUUCCGUAAGAAUAUUGCGCACUCCAGACGGAAGAAGAUUAAACAGGAAAAAUAGGAGCCAAGAUCAGCCUGUACAACCAAGUACUAGCAUGCCCUGCCUUACCUCACUUGAUGAUAGCCAUCAUAGCAAUCAUGGCCAGAGCGAAUCAUUCAAGGCUUCUGCUGCUGCUCCCACAAGUCCAGGUGCUGGAAGCCUCGCUAGUUCACCGGAGAGACCUAGAAAUGAAGAUGAUGAAGAGCGUUCUGCCUCUCGUCGAGGUGUGAGAAUCCUACGAACACCGGAUGGAAGACGGCGAUCGCAGCGAACCGCUGUGACAAGGCACAGCUUUGCAGGUGUCGUUACUACACCCGGUGUUGUUUCAACAAGUGCUGAAGAUGCAAUCUCUCCUUCAAGUCAAGUUUCCAUGGGUAAUCGAAGGAUCCGGUCACAAGGAGCCCUUCCCACAAUUCCCAAGAUUAUUGAUUCUUCGGAACGAGGACAACACAAAGAGGUCAAGUUUAGUUCCGUCAAUGUCCGAUACUAUGAGCGGGUGGUGGAUGUCAAUCCAGCAUGCAGCCAUGGUGUUGCUAUUGGACUUGGAUGGAAGUAUAACAAGAGUAAAAAGCUAUCCUUGAAUGAGUUUGAACUCCAAAAGGGUGGCGUUCGAUACUGUGCGCGGCAGCUGGUGCUUCCCAGAAAUGUUCGAGAAGCAAUUGCCCGGGAAUUUGGCUACACCCAAAAGGACAUUGCCAAGAGUACUCGUGCCAAUCUCAAGUUCCGGAAUGAGCGCAAGCAAACCAUUGACAACUUGUCAAUGAUGCCGGUUGAAGAGAAGAUGGAAGGUGCAAAGAGGAAGAUGAAGAAGGUAUUCAGUUUCCGGCGAAAGAGAGUCGCUUAA